AUGUGCAAUCCUUCUCUGUCUCCUUUUUAUCUUUGCGACCAUGUCAGAUUUAAGGAGGGAUGUCUACAACGAGAUACCGACUGGAUACAUCGUCUCAGUCCUCUGAUGAAUAUUCUGCAGCAAUUUCCUGCUCCUCCUGUACCUCAACAUUUCUCAGAUACGAAUGCCUUUGGCAAUGAUGGAAGCCAUCGAUUGAACGAAAUAACCAUUUCUGGAUCCAAUGCUCCAACAUUGAAUAGCUACCCAAUGGCAACAAACGCCUCUGCACAGAAACCAAAUGAAAAUAGCAACCAUACCACAGAUCAUCAGUCGAGUACUGCUUCUUCUCCUGCUGCUCAGAGUGAAGCAAGCAUCACCAAUGCAUAUGCGCUGAAUACAGGGUCUACGUUUGUGGACAAACCUGAGAAAAAGACGCCUACCAUUGACCUUGCUGGUUUGAAUUCGACGUUACCCAAUGGAACACAACAGAUUGAAUUCAGUAGUACGGGUGUGGUUAUUCAUGCAGGCUUGAUUCUAAACAUCAUUGAUUCCAAUAUCUUGAGUAUGAAACUGUCAAACCCGAUAGCAAAGGCAUAUUAUCGUAUCAAUGGCAUUAUGGUUCAGAUCGGGAAGGGCUAUUUGAACUACCAAUUCAUCCCGAAAAAGAGUAAUAUCAACUUUACCUAUCCCUUCCAGAUUGACUAUAACCCUUCUGAUCCAAAUUCGAGAUAUUUACUGAGUAGUAUUUCAGACAAGUGUGGAUUUACAGGCAACCCGCCUUCUGACAUUGACAUCACGUAUGAUGUAUCGCUAAAUGCUCAAGUGUUGUUUGUGCAUGUCAGCCCAACCAUAGCAUCAUCCGCUAGCUUUGCUUGUCCAUUUCAGAAUGGCCAAAUACCUGGCUUGUCAUCUACUGGACCAUCAGGCGAAGGCGGAUUAGAUGGCAUUCUAGGCGGUCUAGGUGCUCAGGUUAACGAGACCCCCAGUACAACUACGCAUGUCACUGCCAGAGCCACUGCUUUGCCAUCAUCCCUGUCGAUAACUGCGCAUCCAUCCAUAGUAAGAUCGACGUCUAGGAGCAUCACAUCUACCCUGCUUCCAAUCAUCACUGCACAAUCUGCACGUAUCAGUGUCAGCAGCGUUGUACCCACUGCUACUUUAAGUGCAUCCUCUGCAGUUCUUCUGUCUUCAGCUUCACCGUCUACUAUUGUAGCAUCUCGUACUGCUACUGCUACUACUAUAAGCAGUGUACUAUUACUUAUCUCUACAUUUGUUGCCCAUAUAUCAGUCAGUGCUCUUCCUACAGCGUCCUCAGCUGUUGUACCUACUCCUUUCACCAGUGCUCGGCCCCGAGUGAUGUUUUCCUCAACAAACAUUCAGCCAAACAGUAGGACAGCAUUAGCAACGCACGCCAGCUCCAUUCCAGCUACAUCAGCCAGACCUACAACUACCAUCAGAACCAGCGCAACAUGCCCAAUACCUACACCUGAAGGCAACGAAGAUGAUGGUGAUGGUGAUGAUGGCGAUGAUGGCGAUGAUGGAGACGAUAAUACCGAUCAAUAA